AUGGAUUUCGAUUCAUUGUUGGAGAAAUGUGGCAAUUAUGGACGUUAUCAAUUCGUAUUGUUACUUGUCUAUGGUUACACAAAUAUUAUGUCCUCAAUGCAUUACUUCGCACAAACUAUCAUCAGUUUUACGCCCGAACAUUGGUGUCAACAUGAGCUGCUUGAGAAUCUCACUUACACAGAAAUUCGUGAAAUUUAUUCACAGACCGAGAAUCCUUCGUGCACCCUGUUGGAUGAUAUUGUGAAUGGCACACCGAUUGCAGCAGAUUUUGGUGAAUGCGAGGAUUGGAUAUUUAAAUAUGAAAGUGGCUAUCAAAGUGUCACAACGGAUCUUAAAUGGAUUUGCGACGAUGCUGUCAAGGGCGCAAUCGGUCAGUCAUUCCUCUACGUGGGCUCUGUAUUGGGCACAAUAUUAUUUGGUUUCCUCGCAGAUAAAAUCGGACGACUGCCAUCGAUGAUGCUGAGCACGCUCACCGGCGCUGCUGGCGAUUUUAUCACCUCAUUUGUGACGACGCCACAUGCCUUUGCGGCGAGUCGUUUCAUUUCAGGCAUGAGCAUCGAUACAUUGUUCUAUCUCAGUUACAUUAUGGUCUUCGAGUACCUGGAUCCCAAGAAGCGUACAUUCGGCUUGAAUAUAAUAAUGGCAAUUUUCUAUUGCUUCGGUCUGGUAAUGUCUCCCUGGUAUGCCAUAUGGGUGGGCAGUUGGCGCAAGUACCUGCUGAUUGCUUCAUUGCCAGCGCUGUUGGUACUCUUCUAUCCACUUUUUAUAGUCGAAAGCGCACAGUGGCUGGCAACCAAAGGGGAUUACAAAGGUGCGGUGCGCUGUCUCAAGCGAGUGGCUAAAUUCAACAAGAAGCAAGUUGAAGAGUCGGUAUUCGAUCAGUUCAUAUCGCACUAUGAGGAAAAAAUGGCGGAAGAGCAUAAAGAAAACGAAGAGAAGGACACCUUUACGGGCCUGUUUAGAACGCCUAGAUUACGCAAGUUCAUCAUAGUUUUGUUUAUAAAAUCCAUGAUCGUUACCAUCUCCUACGAUAUUAUCAGCCGCAAUAUGGAGGGUUUCGGCUCGUCGCCCUUUAUGCUCUUCUCAUUCACAUCUUUCGUGUACAUACCAGCUGGUUUGACAAUUAUUUUACUUCAAAAUCGCAUUGGGCGUAAAGGUAUGGCCUGCGGGUCGCUCUUCUUUGGCGGUUUGGUCACCGCUGCCACUGGCAUACUGGUUGCACUGCUCGACUUGAAGGAGCACGCCAUCUUUGUGGCCUGCAUGAUUGGCUUGGGACGCUAUGUGGCCAUUGUCUCCUAUGAAGCGGAGGCGCAAUAUGCCGCUGAAAUUAUACCGACAAGCGUGCGUGGGCGUGGCGUGGCCAAUAUACAUGUGGUCGGCUAUGCAUUCAGCUUCUUGAGCGCAUAUUUGAUUUACUUGAGUAAUGUGUUCAAGCCAUUGCCUUCGAUUGUCAUAGCAGUGCUGAUGUUAAUUGGCGCGGCAUUGUGCUUCCUCUUGCCGGAGACGCUAAAUCAAAAAUUACCAGAGACGCUACUGGAUGGUGAGCACUUCUGUCGAGAUGAAAAAUGGUAUUACUUCCCUUGCUUCAGUCGGAAGAAGAGCAACGAUGUGGAAGUGACAAAACUGUGA